AGCAAUGAGUGGCAGUGGCAGCUGCGGGCGGACCUCCUCCUCCUCGGCGCAACUUCCCUUCGAGGAGCCCGCCCAGGCCGGGCCUGGUGAGGAGACAACAUGAACAGCCGCGCUGUACUGAGGCUCCAGGCAGCUGUCGUUGCCCCUCGGCUCUUGGGGCGGGGAAGUGGCUGCCGUCGCUGGAGUAGCGAGCCCUGCGCCCCUCAGCCGAGCCCCGUGCGGGUAGGCUGCGCCUCAGGCUUCUGGGGAGACACGGCCGCCUCAGUUCCUCAGUUGCUGUAUGGAGGGAAGCUGGAUUUCCUGGUUUUUGAUUACCUAUCUGAAAUUACAAUGUCUUUGUUAACUGCUGCCAAAGCCAAAUCUCCAGAUUUGGGAUAUACAUCUGAUUUUGUAUUAACUGCAAUGUCUCCUUAUAUAAAGGAUAUUCAUAAGAAAGGUGUCCGAAUUGUCAGUAAUGCUGGUGGAAUUAAUCCACUUGCUUGUGCGGCUGCUCUGCAACAAGUGGCGAAAAAGGCUGAUGUUGACAUGAAGAUUGCAGUUGUUACUGGUGAUGAUUUGAUGGGAGAGGUAAACAACAUAAAAGAAACUGUCCCAGAAGCAAUGAAUGGGAGGUUAUUUCCAGAAAGCAUUCACAGUAUGAAUGUGUAUUUGGGCGCAAGACCAAUAAGUAGAGCUCUUGACCUAGGAGCCGAUAUUGUGGUGACUGGCAGAUGUGUUGACAGCAGCCUUGUAUUAGGACCACUAAUCCAUUCUUUUGGCUGGAAGAGAGAUGAGUUCAGCCUCUUAGCAGCAGGAAGUCUUGCGGGUCAUCUCAUUGAAUGUGGAGCUCAAUGUACAGGUGGAAUAUUCACUGACUGGCAUACUAUACCAGACUGGCAUAACAUCGGUUUUCCCAUAGUAGAAUGUUCUUCUGAUGGAAGUUUCAUUGUGUCGAAACCACCCAACACAGGAGGCAUGUUGUCUUUUGGCACAGUGGCAGAACAGUUGGUUUAUGAAAUUGGUAACCCUAAGGAAUAUCUCUUACCAGAUGUCACAUGUGACUUCUCUCAAGUUUCUGUUAUUGAAAUCCCAGGUGUUGAAGGUGGUGCAGUGAAAGUUCAGGGAGCAACAGGACGACCUCCUUCAUCAUUUUACAAGGUAAAUGCCACUUAUCCUGAUGGAUUCAGAGCUAUAGCUUGCUGCCCAGUGGGAGGACCAAAAGCAGUAGAAAAAGGCAAACGAACAGCUGAAAGUAUUCUGGAAAGGACUCGCAUGAUGUUUAGUCAACUGGGAUAUGAAGACUACAGUGCAGUUAACAUACAAAUUUUAGGUUCUGAAGAAACAUAUGGACCACAUGCCAGAAGGAACAUGGAUGGUGGUCCCCGGGAAGCUGUUAUUUGGCUUGCUGUACUUCAUAAACAGAAAAAGGCAGUUGAAAUUUUCUCAAGAGAGAUUGCACCAGCUGGAACAGGAAUGGCACCUGGUGUCACUGGACUUGUUGGAGGACGUCCAAAAGUAUCUCCAGUUUUGAAACCAUUUUUCUUCCUUUAUCCAAAAAAGAAUGUGAAGAUUAACAUAUUUAUGAACGGGCAGCAUGUUGAAACCUUUGAGGAGGAUCCAUCAUUCACUUCAGAUGCACCAGUUUCACCUGACAUGCUCCAGACUCAGGAUGACUUAAAAGAUCUGCCAAGUGGUCCUCACACAUAUCGCCUAGAAGAUCUGGCCUAUACUAGAAGUGGAGACAAAGGCAAUUCUGCAAAUAUAGGUGUCAUAGCCCGGCAUUCCCUCUACUAUCCAUACUUAAAGAAAACUUUAACUGCUCAGGCUGUAGAAGGUUAUUUCCAGCAUCUUUUAGAAAGAGAGAAGCCUGGAGAGAACUUGGUCAUAAGGUAUGAGUUGCCAGGAAUUUAUGGAUUAAACUUUGUUCUGAAAAACGCGCUUGGUGGUGGGGGUACAGCAUCUCUGAGAAGUGACCCACAGGGCAAAGCAUAUGGACAGAUGCUGCUGGACUUCCAAAUUAAAAAUGUUCCAGAUUUAAAGUCUUUGAUAGAAUAACAACAUUGGUCUUGUUCAGUUUUGAAACCAUGUUAAAUAUUAGUUUAAAAUAAUGCAUUGAGUCAAAAAAUGAAGAAACCACUAAAAUGGUGAUUAUCAUCCAAAGGCUUAACUAGCUUGUAAUGAAAAGAUAAGACAAUGUUCUGAGUAAUACCAGAUUUGUUAUUUUGUAUGUGACUGGUAUUUCCUGUCUAGUGCAUUGGAUUAAUAGUCUAUUUAUUUCCAGUGAAAAAGUAAUUAAGCAAUAAAUAACAGAUUAUCACCAUUCUGAAAAAUAAUCACUAAUCCCAAAUAAAAGCUGCCUUUCCUUAUGUUCUGCUUUCUGGUAUGGCAGUAUGUGACAAUUUAUAAUUUGACAAUAUAGAACUUUCCUCAAUUACAGUAUUUCUCUCUCUCAUUUAUUAUUGCAGCAAAAGCCAGUAAAACAAAACAAAUCUGAGAUAAAAGAUGAGUUAUCACAUCAAAGUAUAGCAAUAAGAUCAGAGCAUUAGCAAAGUAUUUCUGUUUGCAGAUGGAUUCUACCAUAUGGGGUCCAAGAACUGUUAUAACCUCUACCUUUUGUAGCUGUAAAUGAUACUAGUAACUCAAAUGACAGUUUUUAAUAUUGAAAAAAACACCCAUUCUUCUGAGAGCGUUCCACAGCAGACAAAAUACUGCAAUUUUUGUUCCUAUAGCUUUCCAAGGUUUUGAAGCUUAUCUGCUGGAUCAGAUCAUAUGAAACGGGAGAUUGCCAACUAUAUGUAUUAUUUUAAUUUUUUUCCUUAAAUGUAUAUAUUAUUGUAGAGCUACUUCAGGUUUUUACAUCUGUUGUCCCAGAUAGCCAGUUGGGUCUAAUGUGAGAUAUGUAUGCAUGUUUGAUGGUAUCUAACCAAAGAAAAACCAUUCUAUGGUCGCCAUUUUGUACUGUUUUUGAAAGAAAAUUAAAAAAAUCCAAGAACCUCCAGUGUUCAUUGAUAGAGGGAGUUCAGGGCUUAAUAAGAAGUCAAGGAAGCCACAAAGACAAGGAUAGAAGAUCAGACCAUAUGAGGUAUCUGAAAUUCUAGUGCUAACUCUUCCUGUUGAACAGUUAAGCCUCAUUCAUGUCUGUAUAUAUGAGGCAAGGUAGAGGCCUUUUGCACAAUGACUAGAGGUAUUAUAGGCAUUCCAAGGAGUGAACUAUUCACUCCUUGGAUUUUUGUUUGAACAACAGAUGCAAUGCCUUGCUGUAAACACUUUGUGAAAAUCUUUUCAGUUUCCAAAAAUGGUUGGGUAGGUGGGUGGGCACUGCAGUUUGGAGGCCCACUUGAGGAACCAGUUGCGUGUUUGGGGGGAGAAUGGAUAAACAUGAAUAUCGACAUUGAAUUAAGCUACUGCCCCUGCAUUAGCACAUAGGAAGACAUGCCCUGACAAAUUUCAUAUGGGAGGAUGCAGGAAAUGUGCAAUUGGGAUUGCCUCCUUCACUCAUGAAAGCUUCACUGUUUAUUUUCUUUAGUCUUUGUGUACUAUAAUGAUAUCCCGUGAGGCAGCAAUCUGUUUGCAUCAUUAUAUAGUCAUAGAAAGGAAGUUGGGUCUUGCAGGACAAGGCAAUCUCUUGACAAUUUUCUGUUUCGAACAAAACCAUCCCUUUCUAGGAGGAUUUUGUUCUAUUUCCACUUACCAUUAUAGAUGGUAUGAUUUGUGGACUGUUCAGUUGUCAGGGUAGCAGCAUAUUGAAAUAGGCAUGAGUCAGCUUGAUCUCUGUGCCUAAAUUGAGAAAGCAGAUAAUGGCCACUGUUCUAAAGAUAAUUAAUGUGUGUGUUCAGGUAAUUCAGAUUUUAGGGAACCAUCCAUUUUUAUCUGUGAUGUGAAACAGGAUUGUCUAUUACCUUUGCUUCAUAUUCACAACACAUGGAAAAAGUGACAGGGAAUAAGUUUUACCUCAAGGUGGAACAACUGGGCUGAACUACACUCCCUCCCCCAGUGCAUUUUUUUAAAAAAAAUACAAAGUAUAUACUGGUUGAUACAGCGGAGGAAAGGUCCACACGGAAAGAUUCUCCUGUUUGGCCUUUUUUAUUCUCAAGAUUGCCCUUUCCCAAGCUGUUUAUCCUACUGCAAAGGGAGAACAUAGAAGAAUUCCUGGCUCUUUCUUACGCAGCAGGAAAAACAGCUUUGGGAUGGCAAGGUGUGUGUGAUGUGAUAGAAAAACUGCUCUCAUGAAAAACAUUAAGAAUCUUCCUACUUGAUGGCCCUCCUCCAUUCUUGAUUGCAGUCCCCUACAACAGCUUUCCAUAUUUUUUUAAAUCAUGAAAGUUACACUGAACUUUGAGUAAUGUGUAGUUCGGCCUUAAUCCCUCUGCCAAACACAUUCUUUUCAUUUGUGAUCUACAUUUCAUGUGGAAAACGGGAAGUGAUUUGCAUGCUCAUUAAUGAUGCAUACUGUUACAUGUUUUGUAAUUUUUGUCAGAAAUAAAAAUAUUCAUGUUACCCAACGCUCUUUAAAAUGUCUUUAGAAGAAUAUAAUAGCAGGAAUGUUAUCAGGGCUUUUUUGUGGUGGUACUCACUGGUUCCGAAUGCCAGCACCUGCAGGGAGUGGCUCCCCCAAGUAUAUUGUACUUGGGGGGGGGGCUCUCCCAAUAUUGUAUACAAAAUUGUAUAUUGUACAUAUUUAAUAUAUAUUGUCAUAGGUUUUUUUAAAGAUGACUAAAGACAUUGGUAAUGGUAUAAGUAUUAGUUGCAUAACAAAUUCUUACACCUGUACAAAACACACUGAUUCAACGGACUAUACUUACAAGCAAAUGUACUUGGAGUCCAGGUGCCUGUUUUUUUAAAUGUUUGUGUAUUCAGAAUUGGAACAUAAUAACUGUAAAAAAAAAGUAAAUGCAUUAUUAAAAGUCAAUGGAUU